CUUAUUUCGCUCAGUUCCUGCUCGGCUCUCUAAUUUCCCGUAGCGUUCAGUCGGAGCGCUACAGUUGUCUCGUCUCGUUAGUGUGCCUGCCCUGUUUCUUUUGAACGUUUGUUUUCGGUUCCAUGUUGGAAGUUUUUUAGCGUCCAGAGCGUGGACUGCCAUUGCCGCACACACCGUUAGCUCACGCUGCACUCAGUCCACUCCACAUAUUCAGCGCACACACACGCGCGCGCGCGCGUAUGGACCUCGCCUGAUUUGCACUGGCGCGGGUCAUUUCAGGUUAAACCCUGGCGCUGUGUCCCGUUCACUUUAGCCGACGGAGAUCAACACUGGUUCCAGUUGAGGCGGAAUGCACACGCUCUGGGACUCCAAGUGAUAUCUGGACACGAGCUUCGUCUUGCAUAUGCGGUCUUUCUCCUGGGGAGCUCAGCAGCUCCUCAGCACUGCGCGAAGUCAAACUUCACAUCUUCUGCUAGGUAGGAACCCAGAUGUCUGAUGAGGCUCUGAGGAUGACGUCUUGGCCUUGAGCCCCCACCAGUAUGUCAGAGCCAGCAGAAAAAUGCUCCCCCCGCUGGAAAGAUGAAGCCAUUCAAAAUGGGUACAUACCGAGUUACCUGGACAAGGAUGAGCUGUGUGUAGUGUGCGGGGACAAAGCCACAGGCUACCACUAUCGCUGCAUUACCUGUGAAGGUUGCAAGGGAUUCUUCAGGCGAACAAUCCAGAAGAAUCUCAAUCCAACCUACGCCUGUAAGUACGAGGGAAAAUGUGUUAUUGACAAAGUGACCAGAAAUCAGUGCCAGGAAUGUCGCUUCAAGAAGUGCAUUGCGGUGGGAAUGGCAACAGACUUGGUGUUGGACGACAGCAAGAGGUUGGCCAAGCGGAAGCUAAUAGAGGAGAACCGGGAGCGCCGUCGGAAGGAGGAACUGCAGAAGACAGUGUGGGACCGACUGGAGCCCACCCAGGAGGAGUGGGAUCUCAUCCGUAUGGUGACUGAAGCCCAUAUGGCCACGAACGCCCAGGGCAACCACUGGAAGCAGAAGCGGAAAUUCCUGGUCGAGGAAGCAAUGCUUCUUAAUGAAAUAACAUGUAAUUUAUUCUAUACUUCUGACCAGAGUGCAGCGGGGGUGAAGGAAACUAAGCCUGAGGAUAUUGCUCAAGCAUCCAUGGGCAAUGCACCUGAAGGAAGUAAAGUGGAUAUAGAAGCCUUCAGUCAGUUUACAAAAAUUAUCACCCCUGCCAUAACCCGAGUGGUGGACUUUGCCAAAAAACUGCCUAUGUUUUGUGAGCUGCCUUGUGAAGACCAGAUCAUCCUGUUGAAAGGCUGCUGCAUGGAGAUCAUGUCGUUGCGAGCUGCCGUUCGCUAUGAUCCAGAAAGCGAGACCCUCACACUUAACGGCGAGAUGGCGGUCACACGAGGUCAGCUUAAGAACGGAGGCCUGGGCGUAGUCUCAGACGCCAUCUUUGACCUUGGCGUGUCGCUAUCCUCCUUCAACUUGGAUGACUCUGAGGUGGCUCUUCUACAAGCUGUUAUCCUGCUUUCAUCCGAUCGUCCGGGCCUAACUAGCGUGGAGCGAAUCGAGCGCUGCCAAGAGGAGUUCCUGCUAGCCUUUGAACAUUACAUCAACUACCGCAAACACAAAGUGGCACAUUUCUGGCCCAAGCUGCUAAUGAAGGUGACGGACCUGCGGAUGAUCGGCACCUGCCACGCCAGCCGAUUCCUCCACAUGAAAGUGGAGUGUCCCACCGAGCUGUUCCCUCCACUCUUUCUGGAGGUCUUCGAGGACUGACCAUUGGAUUUGUGUGCGUGUGUGCGUGCGUGUUUGUGUGAGUGCGUGUGUGCGCGUGUCAGCGCCUGGGCACCCUGGUGGUCUCAGGGGUGGAACCAGCAGAAAGCCCGUCACAAUGAACCUUCUAAUAGCACUACUGAGUGUCACUUCAUUCCAUACUUUAGGAGUAGCUCUCUGGUCUAGUUUUGGAUGAAACCAUUCCUUACAGUGCGGGUACAAGUGAAUAGCUUUUUGAUUUUUUUUUUUUUUUUUUUUUGGUUUGUUCUGUUAUUGUUGUGGGCAUAACAUCUCACCUCAGAUUUUACUCUUAGGUAUUUUGUUUUCAUGAUUGUACCGUUGCAUAAUGGUGAUCUUAUCAACACCUGUUUGUUCAUUACAAACCAACCACAUGUUGUAUAUUCCUUCCUUUAUGUUAAAAAAAACUCAAAAUCGCUGCUCACCUUAUCCGCAACGUAAGACAUUGUCAGCAAACUGUUUGCCCUUCCCCCAAACCUGCUCGCCUUUAUUGCACCUAUUUGUCAGUUAAUCUAUGAAUCUUCAUCCAUCCGGUGAGUGUCUGAACUCUUCAGCAGCUCGCCAUCGUACUGUGAUCUGACCCAUUAACAGCAAGACUUACUUUAAUGGGCAGCAGCUCACAGGUAUUUAGAAGUCUCCUGGUAGCCUCACAUUACAAGGUUAGUUUGUAACGCUGCAUUCCAGAGCUGUUGGGGAAAAAAAGUCUGAAUUUUGUAGCAGAACAGCAGCUCAGGACAGAGCUCCAAGCAAGAAACCUGUGCAGGAUUUUGCAGCAUUAAGGGGAACUUGUAUGGCUUUUCUUAUUUUCUGUUAGAAUGUCGAUUGUUCCUAUUAAACCUGACCAAAGUUUCAAAUAAUACGCAAAAUAUGUAAAAGCAAUCCCUGCCCCCAGACUGCUAUUAAUUAGAGGUUUCCAAAGGUUUUUCUGCUUUUCCGACAUUUGCUACAGGUACAGCACACCCACAAAGCACAGGCAGUAGCGCUCGCAAGCAUUGGUUGUCCCAGUUGUUCCUGAUGCUGGCUUAUCAGAAGAAGGUGGGUUUUUAGGCAAGGUGAACCUUCAAGAGACAGACCCAAACAACAUGUUUUUAAUCAGAGGAUAAACUGAGAGGCUGUCUAAGAUAAAUAAGGAUUACUUUAUGAGAUCAAUCAUGCAAAGCUACUACAUUGGGAUAUCACGUAUAGAGUAAUAGGUCCCUUUCAGCCAUCUUUACUUUGCAUCACAUCGUGGCAGUAUACACUGUAAACACUACAUAUUAUUCUUUAACUUGUUUCUGGCCCUUCAAACGCACUCAGCUUUCAGCUAAGUGAGCAUAAUUCUGCCUAAUACUUUCCUUUGUGGUAAAUAUGAUAGGUGGCAUUUUUGCUAAUGCGGAACGAUUUCUGAUAUGCUAUGCAUACUGCAGUUAUUGCAAUAUAUUGUGCACAACUUUGGGUCUACAACAGCGUAUUUGGGCCAGCUCAGAGGAAAGUAAAUACCCAGUUUUUGAAUAAAAUUAGAUGAUGUGGAGGUUUGGUUGAUGAGCGGGAAGCAACUUUAUAUCUGAAUGCAAAGAAUGUUUAUCAGAGGCCAACAUCAGAAAUAUACAAGGGAAACUGUGACGGAAAUGAUGUCAGAAAUACUAAAUCAGCAGGUGGACAUGAACAGAAUGAGGAAAAACAUUAGAGGUGGUGUUUUCAUAGAGACUGUGUGUCUCUUCCUGGUUUUCUCAGUUUUCCAUCUUUGUAAAUUGGAUAUCUUUGAGUUUCGGACUGUUGGUCAGACAAAAUAAUGUGACUGAUGUUUUUAGAAACAUUUCUUGACAUUUUGUAGACUUAACAAUUCAUCUUACAGUACAUGAAAAUAAAAUAUUAUUAGUUGCUAACCCAUUUCCAAAACCCCGAAGCAAAAAAUGUUUUUGGAUACAUUUCUGACAGACUGAUUAAAAACGAAGAAAUUCUGCAGCUCUAACUUCCUUUUGCAGCUGUGUUCAGACUUUUAGAGCAGAAAAAAAUUUAUCCUUGAGUUCCUGUUGGCCUUUAUUUUGACAGAAGGACCAUCAUGAAACAAACAAAAGAAAAACUUUAUGGAGAGCUAAGUGACAGUGACAGGAAUGCAGAAGUAGCAUUAAAAUGAGCCUCCUCGUUAUUGCCAGAGACUCGUCAGGAGUAACAAAAGCACAUAAUGGCUCUGAGCCCAGGAAAGACAAUCGUAUAGAGCUUGUUUUUUGUUGUGCCAAAACCAGGUGAACGAUGCCCUCCUUAUUACAUCCUUGCUGGGCUUUCUUAGUUCUAGUCAGACUUGGCUAACUGUGUUGGUCAUGCCGCUUACUUAAGCUUUCCUCUUAGGUGUGUUUUAGUCUGCUAUUCGACCAGUUUUAAGUGUUUCAUCUCAGCCGCGUUGCCUCACAGUCAUAUAUAAUUAUUCAACCUUUUUUUUUUUUCUGUUUGUUUUUGUUUGUUUUUAACAUCUCCAUGAAUUGGAGUGGGACUGUAUAUUAAAACAGUGACAUCAUGGUGCUUUGGUGAGUUGGGGCAAUGGUUGGUUGAAGUGUAUUGUUAUUUACAUGUCUGAAUAACAGCCCGGCACCCUCAUAUGAUGGCAGGCAAAUACACUAACACGCAAACAUGCACAUGUGCAGAACAUACAGUAUAUCUGUAGACAUAUUGGGCAGUGCACAUAUGUACAUAUACACUGAUCAGCCACAACAAUAAAACUGGCACAAGUGGCGGGUCACACCUGUGCUGGAAACAUCCGUGAACUGUCGGGGUACAGAUAAGGGACCUCUGUCAUGGGGCAGUUGGGUUUGGAGUGGACCUUCAAUGUUCUAGAUUGUUCCAGCACACCUGGUGUGGCUCCAUCUGCCUCAGAUGGAGGCUGGGUAAAUAGUUUGGGCUCUUAAUUGGGGGAGGCCACUGCUGUCAGGGAGUGCCAAUACCAUGCAGUUAAAUCCACAAGAAUACAGUGACCCAAACUUUCCCAACACAACAUCGCUUUGUAACAAGAUCGUUGUUCACCUGUCAUUGGUUUUAAUGAUGUGGCUGAUUGGUGUAUUAUUUCUCUAGAUGAUGCAUGGGUCAGACUCCAUGACUGUGACCAACCAGUGGCAUUUGGAGGCCAAAUGAACUUUGACAGGCCCAAAAACUGUAUGCUUCGCCAUCAGCAAGGUACACUGACAAGUCUGGUGAAAUUGUGAAAUGCAGCGCUCUUUUCUUUCUUUUAUUUUAGCAGGUAUGUUCUGUUUGUUUUGUUGUUGGAAGAAGCCUCACUAUGGUAUUGUCGUUUGCAAUGUGACAAACCUCGGCUCUAUAUAUAUCUCGCUUUUUCAAGCUUCACACUGCUCCUCAAAGCAGCUUGUAUUUUAUUUUUCUCUUCUCAUUUCUGUGAAGUGAUGCCUUUUUUAUCAAAGCAAUAGAAUUGCUACAGUGUUUGAAUGACCCGGACCUCACACAUACACACCUCGCAAACUGUACAGAUUUAGAUAAAUGCACAGACAAUCAGAGUGAGAGGGAGAUAGG